AUGCCAGACACCAAAGGGUCAGCAAAGCUGGCCCGUUCAAAGGCCUUGGAUGAUCUUAUUAUGGGGACAAACAGUAGUAGCAUUGUUUCGAAACGCAGUGUCGAGAGACUCUACUACGCCAAUGAGUCUCAUUACUUUCGUCACUUUGUCAAGAAGCCUCAGAGGCGGGCACCCCUUAUUAAUCGUGGUUACUGGCUGCGUCUAAAAGCCAUAGAUGUCAUUGUUAGACAGUUCCUUCGUAGCACACCCUCCAAGAGAGUUGUCAUCAACCUGGGCUGUGGUAGUGAUGUGUUGCCUUGGCAAUGCCACACUCGUUACGGCCCUAGUUGCCAGGAUGCUGUUUUCAUCGACGUUGACUACCCCGAUCUCAUGCGCAAGAAGCGUACCAUCGUCCUGGAGACACCUGAACUCCGCGGGAUAUUGGGUCCGGACUUUAAUACAAGUCAAGUCGAGGACGAUCCGGUCUUGUUGAAGAGUGACAAGUACUGCCAGCUGGCCUGUGACUUGCGAGAUCUAAAGGCGUUUCAGCAAACUCUCGAAUCUCUCCUCCCGCUAUCCGAAUGUAGUGUUCUGUUCGUAGCAGAAGUGUCCAUCACCUACAUGGACACCAAAUCUGCGGAUGCCCUGAUUCAGUGGGCGAGCUCGAUUGGAAAAGCCGAGUUUUGCCUCCUGGAGCAGAUUCUGCCCAACGGGCCACACCAUCCUUUCGCGCAGACUAUGCUUAAACACUUCAAUAAGCUAAACACGCCUCUGAAAUCGGUUCAUCAGUAUCCGACCGUGGCAAGUCAGUCCGCCCGAUUUCAGCAUCGCGGUUGGCAACAGGUUGACAUCUGGGAUCUCUGGGAUGCAUGGGUGGAUGAAACUUUCGUGACAUCCACAGAACGAGUUUCACUAGACGAUAUUGAACCAUUUGACGAAUGGGAAGAGUUUCUACUUUUCUGCCGUCACUACGUUGUCGUGCAUGCCCAAGCCGCUGGCUCUGGCAUAUCACGUUCGUUCGAGGAAAUAGAACCAACUCGGUCUCUCGAGGUCCAGAUAAAGAAGCAAAUUCCGUCAGCAAACAUCAAGCGUCGUUUUGGCAAUACCCUUGUCUUGCAGAAUCCUGAAAGGGGCCAUGUUGCUGUACACAUGCUCGGCCUUGGUAACGAGGCCAGGUCUGAUACGUACGACCUCUUUAACAUUGGCAAUCAGUCCACCCUUUCUUCAAGGUUGCCAUUCCACGGACCAUUCCCUCGCAUGUGUUCCACCAUGUCUGAUCUGGACGAAUUUGGCGUUCUCCUUGCUGGGGGGCGUACCAACCCAACGAAGGCCUUAUCUGAAUGUUGGCUGCUAACCAGAGGAGCCUCUUGUUCCUGGAGAAAAACAUGGGAGCUACCGAAGCCUCUUUACCGACAUGCUGCCUUGCGUCUCAAAAAUUCGUCCCUAGUUCUGGUGGUGGGAGGAAAGACGGGCCCUUCGGAGAUCUCAGAUGAUGUGUUUGUUUUCCAUCCAGAAAGGGGGUGGUUGACUUGUGAGAAGAUUGGUAUUCAACCCGAACCCCUGUUCGGAGCGACUAUUUGCAACUUAUUCAAAGCCGGAGUUGAAAGAGAUGAAUUCGGGGGGCUGUUGACUGGUGGCCUACGUCGAGAUGGAACCUUUAACCUCAAACAAUACCGAUGGAGUUUGAAGAUGUCUACAUCUCAGCCAUCGAUUUCAUUCGAAGAAGUUGCAUUUCAUGGAAAUUGUGGAAAGCAGCUUGCAGUAUUCGGCGCAACCAUUGUAGACUUGGGGGAAAGAGUCGCUAUAUGUGGAGGGAUGGGCGAAACUCCGUCUCACCAAGGCCAGACUAUCCUGCUCUUGUCAGGGGAGGAUACCAUGUCUGAAAUCCUGGUAUCAAAACCACCAACUGAUGUGGAAAACAACUGGCCCUUGAUGAUCGGCUCCUCGACCAUAUUAAAAGAUGGCCAAAUCAGUGUCGUAGGCGGAGGCGCCACAUGUUUUUCCAUGGGAACCUACUGGGAGACGGCACUUUAUCACUUGCGGCUACCCGUGGACAAUGGUCUGUUAGCGGAAUCCACAGAUGAUACCCUUGUUGGCAUUGAGACAUUUCAGUCUUGGGAGUACAUGGAAUCCCCAAAGAUUCUUGGCAAAAUCGACAAUGAUCUGUCGGCUGCGUCGAAUCAAGAAGCAGUUAGCACGACGGAGAUUCCCCGAGUCAUUUUGCGGUCUGCGGCUGAGUUCGAAGCCAUUGUGAAGAAGGGCAAGCCGAUUGUUAUUGAAAGGCUCGACUUGGGCCCCUGCGUCCAGACUUGGACAGCAGAACAUAUGGCAGAGCAAGUAGGAGCAGAACGGGAGUUCGUUGUGCACGAAAGCAGAACGGAUACAGAGCGGCUAGAUUUUAAUUCCAAGAAUUUCCAAUAUGUGACUGACUCUUUUGGAAACAUCAUGAAGAGGAUCCAGCAAGGUGGUAGGCUCUAUCUACGGGCUCUCUCAAACUCCAAGCCUUCUGAACGCCCGGCCAACAUCAAGGAAGAUUUUCCCGCUCUGGCAGAUGAUUUCAUCAUCCCCAAGGAAGUUGCACUGGUAGAAGAAAACUUGUUCAGUUCAAUUUUGAGAGUUUCGGGCAAGGUCAAUAUGUGGCUACACUACGACGUCAUGGCAAAUAUCUACGCCCAGGUUCGAGGGUCCAAGCGGAUGAUUUUAUUUCCCCCAAGCGACGUAUCCAGCCUUUCAUUUGCCCCGGGAUCGUCGAGCUCGAGCAUUGACGUGUUCUCGCUUCUUGCAUCCUCGACAUUGCCAAAGUCAAGGCCGCACGAGACCAAUUUGGAAGCAGGUGAUGUUCUAUUCAUCCCAACGGCAUGGCUCCAUACAGCCACGCCGACAAGCGAUAUGAGCGUGGCCGUCAAUGUGUUUUUCAGGGAUCUCGAUAAGUCAAGUUACUCCGCAGGCAGAGAUGUAUAUGGGAACAGGGACCUGGCGGCAUACGAGCGGGGGAGACAGGAUGUUGCGAAGCUGGGAAAGAGUUUCGAGAAUCUACCACAGGAGGUGAGACGGUUUUACCUGGCAAGACUGGCAGAUGAGUUGCUUCAGACGGGCGAAGCUGCUCAUGAAUAG